AUGUGGCGCAGUGACGGAUUAGCCCCCGGCACAUGUACAGUGUGGGAGAACAUUAAGAACACAGACAUAAUUACCAAGAGGAAACCGAAGCACCCGGAGGAAACCGAAGCACCCGGAGGAAACCAAAGCACCCGGAGGAAACCGAAGCACCCGGAGGAAACCGGAGCAGCCCGAGGAAACCGAAGCACCAGGAGGAAACCGAAGCACCAAGAGGAAACCGAAGUACCAAGAGGAAACCGAAGCACCCGGAGGAAACCGAAGCACCCGGAGGAAACCGAAGCACCCGGAGGAAACCAAAGCACCCGGAGGAAACCGAAGCACCCGGAGGAAACCGAAGCACCCGGAGGAAACCGAAGCACCCGGAGGAAACCGAAGCACCCGGAGGAAACCGAAGCACCCGGAAGAAACCAAAGCACCCGGAGGAAACCGAAGCACCCGGAGGAAACCAAAGCACCCGGAGGAAACCGAAGCACCCGGAGGAAACCGAAGAACCCGGAGGAAACCAAAGCACCCGGAGGAAACCGAAGCACCCGGAGGAAACCGAAGCACCCGGAGGAAACCGGAGCACCCGGAGGAAACCAAAGCACCCGGAGGAAACCGAAGCACCCGGAGGAAACCGAAGCACCCGGAGGAAACCAAAGCACCCGGAGGAAACCAAAGCACCCGGAGGAAACCGAAGCACCCGGAGGAAACCGGAGCACCCCGAGGAAACCGAAGCACCAGGAGGAAACCGAAGCACCUGGAGGAAACCGGAGCACCCCGAGGAAACCGAAGCACCAGGAGGAAACCGAAGCACCUGGAGAAAACCGAAGCACCAAGAGGAAACCGAAGUACCAAGAGGAAACCGAAGCACCCGGAGGAAACCGAAGCACCCGGAGGAAACCAAAGCACCCGGAGGAAACCGAAGCACCCGGAGGAAACCGGAGCACCCCGAGGAAACCGAAGCACCAGGAAGAAACCGAAGCACCAAGAGGAAACCGAAGUACCAAGAGGAAACCGAAGCACCCGGAGGAAACCGAAGCACCCGGAGGAAACCGAAGCACCCGGAGGAAACCAAAGCACCCGGAGGAAACCGAAGCACCCGGAGGAAACCGAAGCACCCGGAGGAAACCGAAGCACCCGGAGGAAACCGAAGCACCCGGAGGAAACCAAAGCACCCGGAGGAAACCAAAGCACCCGGAGGAAACCGAAGCACCCGGAGGAAACCGGAGCACCCGGAGGAAACCAAAGCACCCGGAGGAAACCGAAGCACCCGGAGGAAACCGAAGCACCCGGAGGAAACCAAAGCACCCGGAGGAAACCAAAGCACCCGGAGGAAACCGAAGCACCCGGAGGAAACCGGAGCACCCUGAGGAAACCGAAGCACCAGGAGGAAACCGAAGCACCUGGAGGAAACCGGAGCACCCCGAGGAAACCGAAGCACCAGGAGGAAACCGAAGCACCUGGAGAAAACCGAAGCACCAAGAGGAAACCGAAGUACCAAGAGGAAACCGAAGCACCCGGAGGAAACCGAAGCACCCGGAGGAAACCGAAGCACCCGGAGGAAACCGGAGCACCCCGAGGAAACCGAAGCACCAGGAGGAAACCGAAGCACCAAGAGGAAACCGAAGUACCAAGAGGAAACCGAAGCACCCGGAGGAAACCGAAGCACCCGGAGGAAACCGAAGCACCCGGAGGAAACCAAAGCACCCGGAGGAAACCGAAGCACCCGGAGGAAACCGGAGCACCCCGAGGAAACCGAAGCACCAGGAGGAAACCGAAGCACCCGGAGGAAACCGAAGCACCAAGAGGAAACCGAAGCACCCGGAGGAAACCGAAGCACCAAGAGGAAACCGAAGCACCCGGAGGAAACCGAAGCACCCUGAGGAAACCGAAGCACCCGGAGGAAACCGAAGCACCCGGAGGAAACCGAAGCACCCGGAGGAAACCGAAGCACCAAGAGGAAACCGAAGCACCCGGAGGAAACCGAAGCACCCGGAGGAAACCGAAGCACCAGGAGGAAACCGAAGCACCCGGAGGAAACCGGAGCACCCCGAGGAAACCGAAGCACCAGGAGGCAACCGAAGCACCCGGAGGAAACCGAAGCACCAAGAGGAAACCGAAGCACCCGGAGGAAACCGAAGCACCCUGAGGAAACCGAAGCACCCGGAGGAAACCGAAGCACCAAGAGGAAACCAAAGCACCAGGAGGAAACCGAAGCACCCGGAGGAAACCGAAGCACCAAGAGGAAACCGAAGCACUCGGAGGAAACCGAAGCACCUGGAGGAAACCGAAGCACCCGGAGGAAACCGAAGCACCCGGAGGAAACCGAAGCACCAGGAGGAAACCGAAGCACCCGGAGGAAACCGAAGCAAACCGAAGCACCAGGAGGAAACCGAAGCACCAGGAGGAAACCGAACCACCCGGAGGAAACCGAAGCAAACCGAAGCACCCGGAGGAAAGGGAUAA